GUGAAAAAGUUUUUGGGAAAUAGGAGAAAUAGAGAGAGAGAAAUGUUGGCGAAGGAAUUGGGUAGUUCGAACUUCGAUCUUCCCGAGGAAGUCCUGCAAGUACUGCCGUCGGAUCCUUUCGAGCAGCUCGAUGUGGCCCGCAAGAUCACGUCCAUUGCUCUCGCGACACGUGUCUCAGCCCUCGAAUCAGAGUCGUCCGAUUUGCGCGCGAAGCUCGCCGAGAAGGAGGACCUCAUCGCCGAUCUCCGGUCGCGGAUUGAGUCCCUCGACGCCUCCCUCUCCGACACCGCAGACAAGCUCGCCGCCGCCGAGCAAGAAAAGGAGAAUUUGGUGAAGGAGAACGCGAAUUUGAGCAACGCAGUGAAGAAGCUGAACAGAGAUGUGUCGAAGUUGGAGGUGUUCAGAAAGACGCUCAUGCAGUCACUCCAAGAGGAUGAAGACAAUUCAGUUGGAGCUCCAGAGGUUGUGGCUAAGAUACAAACCCAACCCCGUUUGUCUUCUGCCUCACAGAUUGGAGAAGAUGACGCCUCAUUAGCAAAUUCUAGAUCAUAUUCAAUUCGAAGCCAGUCCUCAGAAGUAGGGAAUUCAUUUGCAGAGGAUAGGGAGACAGAUGCAGCAACGAGGCCUCGCGUAUCGCCUGGCCUCCUCUUGGCGUCGCAGACCAGUACACCUCGGUUCACGCCUCCGGCAUCCCCUCCUAGUUUCUCUGCAUCGGUUUCUCCAACAAGAAUGUCUAAACCCGCGUCCCCAAGGCGACAUGCUAUGUCAUUUUCGACCUCGAGAGGCGUGUUUGAUGAUAGGUCUUCUGUAUUUUCUUCUGUACCUCCAGGUUAUGGAUCAAUUCCAGGCUCCGAGACAGCAUCUCAAACUGGAAGAACUCGGGUUGAUGGAAAAGAAUUUUUUCGCCAAGUCAGGGGUCGUUUGUCUUAUGAGCAGUUUGGUGCAUUUCUUGCAAAUGUGAAGGAACUCAAUGCCCACAAGCAGACAAAAGAGGAGACUCUGCAAAAGGCUGGUGAGAUUUUUGGCCCAGAUAACAAGGACCUCUAUGUUAUAUUUGAGGGGUUGAUAACACGCAAUAUCCACUGAAAUGUCUCGAUUGGACCACAACCAUAGUUUGUAACAUGAGUUUCUCACCGUGAUCAGUUUUUGGUGUAAUUAUUAAAACUAAAUAAUGUAAUGAAAUCAUUCUUUGAAAUCCCUCACUCGUACGUGUUGGAGCUAAUAAAUGUGUUUGUCAAUGCUGAUAAAUUACGACUUGUUCUCAUACUUCUGAGUGGCAAAUUA